AUGGAUCUCACUCUCACCAGCACUCACCUCUCCUAUGUCGCGCGCUCCACACACCUGCUCAACAUCUCCAGCUACAUCCUCCUCCCAUGCACCGACAGCAAGGUCGACCAAAGCAAGGUUCACUACAAAUCCAGCGUCGAAGUCGACGGCUACGAGUGCGAAAUCCGUUUAUACCCUGGGUGUAGUUCCCGGUACCAGGUUGAACUCCAGCUCGUCUUCCUCGGCGAGGCUGGCGCAAACAAAGUGACAGCGGCUCUGAGCUGCCGGAUGCCCCUUGUGGUCGUGAGCAUAUUCGAAGCAAUCGACUUGCCUUACUUCGACAGUGGUAGUUAUUCUCUGACCGUGGAAUGCACCGUCACCGUAUUCAGAGAUCUAAAAGCAAUCCCCGUGCCAUCCUCCUCCAGCCUGCACCAACACCUCGGCGAACUCCUAGCGAGCCAGGCCGGAUCGGACGUCACGUUCACCGUCUCCGGCGAGUCGUUUCCCGCGCACAAGAACGUGCUAGCCGUGAGGUCCCCGGUCUUCAUGGCAGAGUUCUUCGGGGAAAUGCAGGAGAAGAACUCGGGACGCGUGGAGAUCCAGAAAAUGGAGGCCCCGGUGUUCGGGGCCAUGCUUCGCUUUAUCUACACAGACGAGGUGCCGGAGCUUGACGGGAAGCCGGAGGCGGCAGCGGCGGCGACGGCGACGACCUUGGCGCAGCAUCUGCUUGUUGCUGCGGACAGGUACGGGCUGGACAGGCUCAAGCCUCAAGGUGAUGUGUGA